CUCUGCUCCUCUCUUCCAGUCCUCUCGUGCUUUACGGACCUUCCCGGUUGCCGUACGUGGAUGUUAAACAACAAACAUGGCGUCUUCAAUGUCACUGCUCGGCUUGGGGCGUUUAUCUUUGAGAAAUGCGGCUUCUAAAAUGCCAAUUAAUCCUAUCAGGUCUACAAGCACAUCAGUAUUGAGGUUGGCAGAGAAACCAGGACAAGACACGCAACUUAUCACAGUUGAUGAGAAGCUGGACAUCACCACUGUGACGGGGGUCCCAGAGGAGCACAUCAAAACCCGCAAGGUCCACAUCUUUGUGCCCGCCAAAACAGCCAUGCAGUCAGGCAUCAACAGCACCAAGAAGUGGAAGAUGGACUUUGACACUAGAGAACGCUGGGAGAACCCACUGAUGGGCUGGGCCUCAACGGCUGAUCCUCUGUCCAACAUGCUGCUCACCUUCUCCUCCAAGGAAGAUGCCAUUGCUUUUGCUGAGAAAAAUGGUUGGAGCUAUGACGUCACAGAGAAGAGGACCUCCAAGCCCCGGGUGAAAUCCUACGGAGCCAACUUCUCCUGGGACAAAAGGACCAGGAGGUCUGCAAAGUAAACUGAAGACAUACAUCUGUUGGUUGGCUUGACCUCUGCCUGUCCCAUCGCAGACCUGUAUCAUUCUUGUCAAUAAAUACAUAAUUAUAUAUGUGAAAACCAAA